GACCACCCCGGGAUCCAGCAGAGGACUUUUCAAAGGCCCCGCCUCCAGGCUGUGUUUCGCCUUAAACGUCUGCAAGCGGGAUAAUUGAAAGGAAGGCAGGAAGGCAGCAAAUUAACUCCUCACACAGUUACUUUGUAGCGGGUAAUCCUCGCAGGCUCCUUCCUUCUCGACCCGCCCUGAGUGGCGAGGGGGACUUUAGCCGAGGUAGGAGCAAGAAAGUCAACUCAAACUCAGACAGAGGGCGCGGGAGGGAGCGAGCCAGAGUGAAGCCCCUGCCUGCGGCUGCUGCGCUCUCCUUCCCGGGACCCUUCCUGCCGCUUCCGCGCCGCUCACUGAUGGAGAAUCUGCGCAGGAUCCGGCUGCUCCUUGUUCUGGCUUCGGUGCCUUUGUGCGGCGCGCAAGAAACUUCAGUGGAGAGCUGCUGCUCACAGGGAUAUGAAUGGGCAAGUCAGAAGAGAGACUGUAGUUCUCUGCCACCACAUCCUGAUUCCAAAGAAUGCAGCAUAGCUCAGGAACAAUGCUGCCUCAAUCAACUGGAAGAGCUGCGUUGCACAGCAGGAAUAGCGAUUGCCAGCAAGCAUGAAGACUGUGAUUCCAAUGAAGGCAAUAUUACCUGUGAAGACAAAGUCAUUAAGAAAUGUUGUUAUUGCUGCUUUAUGGGGAAGGUGGCCCAGAAGCAAGGGAACAGCUGUGAGCAGAGCCUCCUGAUGGGGUACCAGUGUGGUUUGGUCUUCCGAGCCUGCUGUGUUGAGGGGCAAGAAAACUCCGACACGUUAAUGGUUGAUGAUCCUAACAAAGAACUAGAUGCAGCAUCACCAGCGGAAGUUGAUAAUGAGGAUCAUUACCUUAAUGACCGCUGCAGAGGAGGCGGCCCUUGCGCCCAGCAAUGCAGGGACUCCGGCUCCAGUGUUCUCUGCUCUUGCUUCAUGGGCUACCAGCUUCAGCCUGAUGGCUUCACUUGCGAAGAUAUGAAUGAAUGCCUUACCAACCCUUGUGCCAUUGGACAAAUUUGUAUCAAUACAGCAGGAUCUUUCCGCUGUCAGCGGGAGACCAGCUGUGGGACUGGUUAUGAACUGACGGAGAACAACCUUUGCAAAGAUAUUGACGAGUGUGAGACUGAUACUCAUAACUGCCUCCCCGAUUUUAUCUGUCAGAAUACUCCAGGAUCCUUCCGUUGCCGACCCAAGCAACAGUGCAGGAGCGGCUUUAUACAAGAUGCACUGGGCAACUGUAUUGAUAUCAAUGAAUGCUUGAGUGCGAACGCACCUUGUCCUGCUGGACAGACUUGCAUCAACACGGAUGGGUCUUAUGCUUGCCAGAGGAAUGUGCCAAACUGUGGGCGAGGCUACCAUCUAAACGAAGAAGGCACAAGAUGUGUAGAUGUGGACGAGUGUUUGCCCCCGAAUCAGCCUUGUGGAGAGGGCCACACUUGUGCCAAUUCCCCUGGAAGCUACCGCUGUGAAUGCCGAGCUGGCUACUAUUUUGAGGGAAUCAGUAGAACCUGCGCUGAUAUAAAUGAAUGCCGACGAUACCCUGGUCACCUAUGUGCUCACAAAUGUGAAAACACUGCUGGCUCUUAUUACUGCAGCUGCACCAUGGGCUUCAAACUUUCAAGUGACGGGCGGUCAUGUGAAGACUUGAAUGAGUGUGAAAGUAAUCCCUGCAGCCAGGAGUGUGCUAAUGUAUAUGGUUCUUAUCAGUGCUACUGUCGUCGGGGCUACCAGCUGAGUGACAUAGAUGGCAUCACCUGUGAAGAUAUUGAUGAAUGUGCCUUGCCCACUGGAGGACAUAUCUGUGCCUAUCGAUGCAUUAAUGUUCCUGGGAGUUUUCAGUGUACUUGCCCCUCCUCCGGUUACAAAGUGGCCCCCAAUGCACGAAACUGUCAAGAUAUUGAUGAGUGUGUUACAGAAACACAUAGUUGCUCAUACAAUGAGACCUGCUUUAAUAUUCAGGGUGGUUUUCGCUGCCUUUCCCUGGAAUGCCCAGAAAAUUAUCGCAAAUCUGGAGACACAGUCAGACAUGAGAAGACAGACACUGUUCGCUGCAUUAAGUCCUGCCGACCGAAUGACGUCAACUGCAUGUUAGAUCCAGUUCACACCAUUUCCCACACGGUCAUUUCAUUGCCCACAUUCAGGGAUUUCACGAGGCCUGAAGAGAUUAUUUUCCUUCGUGCCAUCACGCCAGCAUACCCAGGCAACCAGGCAGACAUCAUAUUUGACAUCACCGAAGGAAAUCUACGGGAUUCCUUUGACAUCAUCAAGCGCUACAUGGAUGGCAUCACUGUGGGUGUGGUUCGCCAGGUGAAACCCAUCAUUGGCCCCUUCCAUGCUACCUUGAAGCUGGAGAUGAACUACGUCAUUGGAGGGGUUGUCUCACACCGCAACGUUGUCAACGUGCACAUCUUUGUUUCGGAGUACUGGUUCUGAUCCGCCUCACCACCUGGGUGGAAGCAGGAGAGCUUCCAAGUGAAACUCUGCCACAAACUCAUAGAAACGUUAUGCACACCUUUUGGGUCAGGGAGGGGUGAGACGGGGGUUGGGGUUGGGAGUGAGACCAAAUAGCUUUCUUUUCAAGUAACAUUUCUGGUUUAUAGUUUAAUUAAAGGACCAAUAGCAAACUAUCUAAAAUAGAAGUAGGAUGGAGCAAUAACCUUUGUGUCUGAUCUAGCUGGAUUGUAUAGACAAAUAAAUAGUGUGUCCAGCUCCCUCUCCUUCUAUGGGGUUUUAAAUUCUGUUUUGUUGAGGUCUUUUAGGCAGGGUGCUGCAUGCAAGAUUUUGCAGGAUCAGAGCCUUGCCUGCCCUCACCCUCCCUACUUCCACCUUCUUGAAUGCCUUGCCUGGCUAUCAAAUUAAUUUUUUUCAUUGUAAAAAUCCAGAAAUCACCUCUGAUGAAUUUGGGGCAUAACCAGGGCUUUUGUUCAGCUCAGUUCCGGCACCUCUCAGGUCGGCACCAAUGCCGUUAUAAGAGAAACAAGGGAGGCGUUUUUUGUGAGUUCUGGCACCUCUUCUUUUAGGAGAAUAGCACUGGGCAUAACUGUCCUCAAAAAUGAGCCCCCACCACACAUAUUCCACAUAUAUUCUCUUGCAAUGAGUGGGGUGGGUGGAGUUCUCUAGUGCUUCAAAAUAGGUGUGUAUUUUGGGGUUUUUUUAUCUGAAAGUUUCAUUAAAAGGCAUUAGCAUCAGGUAGGCCCCAACUAAAGUAAAUGGUAGAAAAAUAAACACUGUAUAUGCCAAGGUAUUGAGGGGCUAAAUGACCCCAGUAUUGGGGAAAAUGUCACUUAACAUGUGGUACCUGAUGUGAAAUCAGCCGCUAAAAGAAGGAUGUGCUCAUGAUUCAUUGUCUUGGAUCCAAAGUCCAAAUGGCACUUUGGGUUUCCCCCCAAACAGCAACCUCUCAUGGCACAAUGCAGUCUGCUUUUUAAACAGAGGAGAGUUUCAAAAGCAGUCUGUGAUAUGAGAGCCUGCUGCUUAAAGCAAAAAAAAAAAAAAAAAAAAAAAAAAAGAGAAGUGUAAGAGGAACAAGCAAUAAUCUUUUUUGAGCUUGCCUAAGGUAGGGCUGCAGGCCUUUUCUCCAUCUUCUUUUAGCUGUGCAUCCUGAAGGUUUUGGAACUGAAGGGGGGAAUACGUGAAUUUGGUACUCCUUAAUCUGCAAGAUCCUCAAAGGCGUUAACAACUCAAGGCAUUGCAGAUCCCAGAUACUACUCUAGAGUUACACCUCUUAGGCUAGAAAAGGAGGGGGCCCUUCCAGGGUGGGGGCCCUGACCGCUGUCCAGGGAUGGCAGGUUCUGACUCCCAUCCUGUAGACUAUACUACUUUUAGUGGCUUUUGAGAUCCCCAUUUCUUUGGUGACAAACUAGAAUGAAAUCAACAGUGCAGUGGAACCAAGUAAUUCGAAACCUUUAUGCCAUGAUCCAGCAGCAGAGAUAUGUACAUAGAAACAGUACGUACCUAUUGUGGAUGCAUACUAGAUUGGGAUUGGUGUUUUAGAAGCUAAAAUUAUUUUUAAAAUUAGUCAUGGUGAAGGGCCCAAUCCAGUUGCAGUGAUGGGCUGCAGAACAGCUGGUGGCUCCAGAUGUGGGUGGACAUCACAUUGAGGCACAUCCCAAAGAGUCCUCCCACUAGGGCUCAGGUGAGCAUGGAUUUAGGCCACCAUUAUGCACACAGGAGGGCUUCUUGCUGGGUUGGAGCAAUCGUGUAUGAGGCUUCUUAUGUACCAUACUGAAGUAUGACCCAAUAAUGUAAUGAAACUCAAUAAAUGAGUGUUGUUUGUAUCUAUAGUUUCUCUCAACCAUGUAUCGUUUUUAGGAAAAUAAACUUUUUCUUUUUUUAA